AUGUGGCGGGUGAAAAACCUGAGCCUCACUCUGUCGCCUUCACCCCAACCGGGAAAUCCAGCUAUGAGAACUCCUCUCCGAGAACUUAAACUGCAGCCCGGUGCCCUUGCCACUUAUGGAACAGGGACCCCUAUUUGCUCCUCGUUGACCCCAGCACUGUGCAAGCUGGGGCUGCAGGAAGGCAGCAACAACUCAUCGCCACUGGAUUUUGUCAAUGCAAAAAUGGCAGACUCCCCUUCAGAACAAUCCAAUCACUCCUCAAAGUGGCUAGAAGAUUGUCAGCAUGAAUCAGAUCAACAACCUCUAGAUGUGAUUCCCCAAACCAUCUCUACUCCCAAAACAUCUAAGGAAGCAGUAGAUCUACUAGAUGACUAUGUAGUUAAAACCAUGGUCUUUGUACCCUCUCCAGUGGAGCAGCAGGAGAACAUUACAUUUGAGGUCCAUUUAGAUACGAUGGCAGAGACAAAUAGCAUCUCUUUAGAUGAAAUUUUGAGGUCAGGAGAUCUGGUGAGAAAGGAGGUAGCACCCUGCACAGAAGACAGCUUUCCAGAAGGGGUUGCUGCUAUUCCUGAGAACCCUACAUUUCAGGAUCCUUUAUCCCAUCUCUUUGAGUAUCCCCCAAAUCCCAGUUCUGAGCAACAACUUUGCUGCUCCAAGGAAAGCCAGAGGACUGAGGCUGUGCCUAAAGACUUAGUACCUUCUGAAAGUAAUGCCUUCUUGCCAUCCUCCAUGUUCUGGCUUUCUCCUUCAGCUGCUUUGGCAGCAGAUUUUCCUGUCAAUCAUGUAGACUCAGGGGAGGAAACUGUGGAACAUAGACCUAUGGAGGAAAGAGAAACGAACUUUCCCACACUCCCAGAGGAAGUUGAAUUGGGAGAUCAAGCCCUUGUCUCAAAUGGGCAAAAUCUUCCGCCCACAUGUCUGACACCAAAUCCAGUAGAAAUGGAAUUCCCAGCAGCUCCAAGCCCCAAAGUGGAAAAUGGUGGUAGUAUUCUCAACUCUGAUACAGAGCACUGGACGUCUCCACUAGCAUGGCUGGAAAAAGGUGUAAAUACCUCAGUCAUGCUGGAAAAUCUACGCCAAAGCUUACUUCUUCCCUCUGCACUUCGGGAUGCUGCGAUAGUCACUACUCCUUUUUCUACUUGCUCAGUCGGAACUUGGUUUACUCCUCCAGCACCCCAAGGAAAAAGUAUAAGCACAUCCCAGACAGACACAGUGGGAACCAAGGACAGUACUUCUAAGACAGAGCACCUCCUGCAUGGCUGGCCUCCAGAUCUGACUACCUUGUCUCGACAUGACUUGGAGGAUAACCUGCUGAGCUCUCUUGUCAUUCUGGAGGUCCUCUCUGGCCAGCUUCGGGACUGGAAGAGCAGGCUGGCUAUCCCUCACCCAGAAGCCCAGGACAGUAGCACACAGACUGACACCUCUCCUAGUAGGAUAACUAAGAAACCUCAGUAUCUUCAGGAGAGCCAGGAGAUUGUGCAGGCCCUGCAGCAGGCCAGGAAUGUCUUGCAAUCAUGGGUGCUAGUCUCUAAAGAGCUGAUAACAUUGCUUCACUUGUCCCUGUUGCACUUAGAAGAAGAUAAAACUGCUGUGAGUCAGGAGUCUCGGAGAGGAGAAACCCUGGUCUCCUGCUGUUUUGAUAUGUUGAAGAAAUUGAGGGCAAAGCUCCAGAACCUCAAAGCAGAAAGGGAAGAGGCAAGGCACAGAGAGGAAAUGGCCCUCAGAGGCAAGGAUGUGGCAGAGACAGUGCUAGAGGCUUUCUGUGCCCAUGCCAGCCAGCGCAUCAGCCAGCUGGAGCAUGACAUGGUAUCCAUGCGGGAAUUCAAAAAGCUUCUGAAGGAGACCCAGACCCAACUGGUAGAACUUUAUACAGAGCAAGAAGAGCUGGCUCAGCAGACAGUGAGUCUUACUUCUACUUUCCAGCAGGACUGGAUAUCCAUGCAACUGGAUUAUAAAACAUGGACAGCUUUGCUGAGUCAAUCUCGAGAACUCACGGAGAAACUCACAGGCAAGAGCCGGCAGGCUGUGCAGGAACGUGACACUGCAGUUGAGGAAAAGCAACAGGUUUCCAAGGAGCUGGAACAAAUUUCUGCUCAUUUAGAGGACUGCAAAGGCCGAAUAGAACAACUGGAGUUGGAAAACAGUCGCCUAGCAACAGAUCUCCGGGCUCAGCUGCAGAUUCUGGCCAGCACAGACAGCCAGCUAAAAGAGCUACAGAGUCAGCAUGCCCAUUGUGCUGAGGACCUGGCCACGAAGGAUGAGUUGCUCUGCCAACUUAACCACAGUAAUGAGGAGCAGGCUGCUCAAUGGCAGAAGGAAGAGAUGGCACUAAAAUGCAUGCAGGCAGAACUGCAGCAACAACACGCUGUCCUGGCAAAAGAGGUGCGGGACCUGAAGGAGACCUUGGAGUUUGCAGACCAGGAGAAUCAGGUUGCUCACCUGGAGCUGGGCCAGGUUGAGUGUCAGUUGAAAACCACACUGGAAGUGCUCCGAGAGCGCAGCUUGCAGUGUGAGAACCUCAAGGACACUGUAGAGAACUUAAUGGCUAGACUGGCCAGCACCAUAGCAGAGAACCAGAAGCAAGACCUGGAGAAGACACACCAGUAUUCACUACAGCUAGGGGUGCUGACUGAACAACUACAGAGCCUGGCCCUCCUCCUACAGACAAAAGUAAUGGAGAAACUAGGAUCCUGGGAGAUCUUUGUGAGCACAGCCUGUGCUCCUGCCCAGGAAUACCCUAUGCCCAAUGAUAGCAUCUUGGGAAGCAUCUCGACAGCAGUGGCAGAUGAAGAGCCAGAAUCAUCUCCUGUGCCCUUGCUUGGAAGUGACAAGAGUGCUUUCACCCGAGUAGCAUCAAUGGUUUCCCAUCAGCCUACAGAGACCCCAGACAUAGAGAAGAGCCUAGACAAGAUGAGUACUAUGAUUCCUGAGCUUCAGAGCCUUUGUUCCCUGCUGCAAGAGUCUAAAGAAGAAGCCAUCAGGACUUUGCAGCAAAAAAUCUGUGAUCUGCAGGACAGAAUUCAGGCCCAGGAAGAACAGCAUCAGGAAGCUCAGAAGGCAAAAGAAGCAGACAUAGAAAAGCUGAACCAGGCCCUGUGCGUGCGCUACAAGAAUGAAAAGGAGCUCCAGGAAGUGAUACAGCAGCAGAACGAGAAGAUCCUAGAGCAGAUAGACAAGAGUGGCGAGCUCAUAAGCCUCAGAGAGGAGGUGACCCAGCUUACCCGCUCACUUCGGCGUGCAGAGACAGAGACUAAAGUGCUCCAAGAGACCCUGGCAAGCCAGUUGGACCCCAACUGUCAGCCCAUGGCCACUAACUGGAUCCAGGAGAAAGUGUGGCUCUCCCAGGAGGUGGACAAGCUGAGGGUGAUGUUCUUGGAAAUGAAAAAUGAGAAGGAAAAACUCACAGUCAAAUUCCAGAGUCAUAGAAACAUCCUAGAGGAGAACCUUCGGCGCUCAGACAAGGAGUUGAAAAAACUAGAUGACAUUAUUCAGCAUAUUUAUAAGACUCUGCUGUCCAUCCCAGAGGUAGUAAAGGGUUGCAAGGAGCUACAGGGAUUGCUGGAAUUUCUGAGCUAAAAAACUGAAAGCUGGAAUCUGCUUCACCUCUUUUUACCUGCAGUAUCCUCUUAUUCUCAUACUAAGACAAAUUAGAAUACAGCUGUGUUUAAUGCUAUUUAAAUAAAGUAUAUUUAAUUUUUUC